UCGCCCCUCCUGCUCCGAGGCGUGUCCUGUUGCCAUGGACACGCGUCAUCGGGCAGCGCGGCGCUCGAGUCAUCGUCCGGGAGUCAUCGUCCCCGGACCGAGGGCGAAAUGUUGAAGUUGGCCGUGUAGCAUCCUGUGUCCUCUCAUCACUUCUUCUAACAACAACAACAACAACAACAACAACAACAAACACAGCCGGUACUCCCACUCCGACCCCCUCGCGAGUAAACGUGUUCCGUGUCUCUGUGUGCAGGAUUGUCAUCUCUGCACUUCCCUGACGCGCACUGUGCCGCGGUCAUCCUCACUUGUCGCGUGAUUGUGCGCGCGCACGGAUCCGUCGGGAUCCGUCGGCACGGUGCACCGGCAUGCCAGAACACGAGGCGUGCGAGCUGCUGCAGCCGCCGAGCACCGGUGGCAGCAGCAAGAAGAAGAGGAAGAAGACGCGGAGCAGAGCCCCCGCCUCCUCCACCCCUGCAGGAAACACACGUCAUGAGAAACCUCAGACGGCGUCUUUGCACCCAGGGACCUCGCCAGUGUCCCCGCUGCCCCAUCACAGUCCCGGUCAGCCCCGACGCCAGCUGCCCGACCUCAGAGCUGCUGGCAGGAAGUGUGGAGAGCAGCUCGCCGGCAGGGGCUGCAGGAGCAAGAGACGCCCCAAGGAUUCACCGGCGCCGCCGACGGCGACAGACGACAGCGGCGUCGGUGGAGCCGCAGCCGCGCCGGAGCUCAACGCCCGGGCGGGGGAGAGCCUGAGGUGGGAGGGAGUGCUGGAGGACCCCCAGGCCGAGGAGGAGAGGCUGGAGCUGUACAGGGCCAACAGGCGGCAGCGUUACAUCGCACACAGAGAGGCUCUGUUCAAAGAGAGCCAGCAUGCGCUGAGACCGACUCUCCCUCGAGAGAGCACGGAGAGAAAAGGCUUUGAGUGAAUGUGAGCAGCAGGAGACUCAGUUGAGCACAGACUGAAUCAGAGACGCAAAAAGGAGAGGUUGCCAGAUCGGGCUUUAAUGCGUUCACAGUUCAAAACAGAGCGAUGAUCCUCGGGCGCCGCCAAAGACGUUGGACUGAAGACAAACUGAGCGCGUUGCCAAUUCGCCAGCUGUUUAAAACAAAACGGAAUCGAAAUGAUUUCCCCGGCAGGUUCAGCCCACGCGUGCACAGUGCCACGGUUGUCGGCGGACAUCCCCCUACUCGAUGGCCCUGUUGAAAAGUUAAUAGGGGAUUUGCAGGGUUUUAUCUCGUGCUCAUGCAUUAUGCAGCACUUACAGAACAGACCCAAAUUUGAUCUUUCAGGGCUGAAACACAACCAGGAUAAUACCACUGAGCGUGGUGGGAUAAAUGGAUGAGGGGGGUCACAUUAUAUAUAUAUAUAUAUCUUUUCACCAGUGACAGAAUGUUAAAAUAUAGAAAUAUAGGCCCAAUAAUUAUCUUUUUUGCCUUUUAAUUUUCUUUUCCAGAAAGCCAUUAAAGUUGUUUGAUUAAAAUUGAAAUGUCACUGUAAAAGCUCAAACUGUUUCAUAAAGGCUGUUCUGGUUGACGGCUAUUCUAAUGUGCAGGGAUAUGCUUUUCUGGUAUUCUAUAUAUUGCUUAUUGCUAUACAUUUUUAAAUGUAAAAGUAUGAAUGAAAAGUUUAAAAGUUAAGAGCUACGUCUGCACGUCCUCAUGGCAGCUAGCGGUGAGAUGUUGAUGCUAUUUUCAGUGCAUGUGAUGAUGUUGAUGUAUUUUUCUCCUGCAAAUGAAGUAACGCGAGAGAGACACGCGUUUAUUUUCCCCGUCCACGCGGAGGUGCAUCUUGGACGACAGGUGCAGAAGAGAAGACGAUGGUUCCCCGGGUGAAUCCGAAGCGCCGACACCGACGAGUCAAAGAAUGCAAAAAGAGACAGAACUGUUGUGGCUGAGAUGUUUUUGUCAUUCAUGAACAACAAGUGAGAAACACCACGAAAAAGUCAAAAAGACAAACACACAGGGUUCAUUUUGACUGCUGAACACGACGACUGAUGACGAGGGUUGUUCUUCAAUCUCACGAGAGCCAAAGUGAGCGUCUUUCACCUAAAAUCCUCGGGAGAGCAACGCUGAUGUGGUUUUUUCUACCGGAAGUAUUCGAACUGUGUUAGAUUUAUCACUGUAAUAAUGUGCUUGGCCUAAAGCUGUUAAGAGGUUGCUCGACGGUUUGUUGCUGUAAAUGCGAUAAAUUCCGAGAGAGCUUUGUGAGGUUGCAGGGCAGCGGAGGAAUUCAAGUUAUUCCACACUUAGCUUCAAGAGUGGAAGACAAUGAAAUGGACUUUGUCUACCAUUAAUGACCUGUGACCUUUAACUUUUCAAUCGUAAAAUGUCUAUCUGGUUAUUUUCUUUCCCCCAUUUAACACAUUCGCAAUUGAUUAUGAAUAAAAUGGAUAAAUACUA